AUGGGUCUCUUCAGCAGCAGCACCGAGAAGAGCACAGCCGCUCAGUACCCAGUCAACCCUGACAUCACCAGACAGUAUGGCUCAGGCGCUGAGCAAGACCGCUAUGGAUCACAUUUCGGUGCCAGCACUGAGAGGAUUCAACAUGGCAUUGAGAAGGGCGUGGAUAAAGUAAAGCAGGCGGCGCAGUACCGUGGCGAAGGCGCGGAACAGGACCGUUACAACGCACACUUCAGCCCCGCUGCACACGGCACAGAUGCGCACAGAGUCCAGCAGUACGCCGAGAGCCUCAUCAACAAGGCUAAGGGAAGUGCGGCAACAUCAGGCAGCUUUGGUCUUGGUUACGACGGUCAGCAAAGGGCGAAGCUGUUGGCUGGUGGCAACGGCAGUGGUGCUGAGCAGGAAGAAAAGGAUCAAUUCGCUGGACACUUCGGUCUCAACCGUGGCACAGUAGAGAACGCCGCUCAGCGCGUACAGAACGGUGCGCGUAAUGUCUUGGAGAAGAACUAG